AUGGGAGCUUUUUGUGUUUUUAAUACUCCAGAAGCUGCUAUUCCAGGAGUAUUGGAUUAUUGCAAUGUUGAUAUUGAAAAUGAAUUACGUAAACGUUAUCAAAGACUUUAUUUAUCGUCUCAAAAAACUGCAAAGAAAUUUUCGUUAGAAUUUGAUUCCCUAACAAGUUUUUUUUUUUUAAAUUUUAGAUCAAAUAAAUCAUUAUUAUGGUGUCCAACUUUUAAAGUAGCAACAACUUUUGUACACAACUAUUUUCAGAAUAUAAAACAUGGUCGUACUUUUAAAUUAUCAAAUAAAUAUUCAGAUUCAUAUAUUUUAAAUAAUAUUAUAAAGAAUAAAACUAAUUUAAGAUUGAUAAUUGUACGCGAUCCAUUUGAACGUUUAUUAUCAGCAUAUCGUGAUAAAUUUGAAAAUCUACCUGCUGUACCUGCUGUACCUGCCAUGUUUGUGGUACUUGUGGUACUCACAGCUCAACUCUAG